AUGGAGGAGUCUAAUGGGGGUGGCACGACAGUUGGAAAAGAGAGUAUAAAAAAUGUUGAUGGCAUGUUGAGCAAUCAAAGGCACAUUUCAGUUUCAAUUACCACAACACAAGGCGAUAAUGGAGCAACAACUAGCACUGAGAGGAAGAUAGAUGUGGUUUUGAAACAAAAUGGCUGGGAGGUGGGAGAGAAUUUUGCGAACAGGAGGCCCAAAAUUUGGUUCCUUCUAAGGCAGGCCACAAGAGAGACAAGAGGGCCGACGAGGAAAGAAAAGGGUAAAUGGGCUAAGGUUUCUUGGUCUCCUUCAAGACCAGAGAAUUGGGAAAUUAGGGAUGUGCAAGUGGGGGACAAAAGGAGAGGGAUUGUUCAAUUGAUAGAAGGAGAAAGUGUGGCAAGUAAGAGGGCUUGUAUUUCGGAUGGUAUCUCAACAAAUCAGAGAUCAAUGGCGAAGGCUGAUGUUUAGCCCCACCGACAGUUAUGAUGGGUGUGAUCUGGAAUUGUCGGUGGCUUAAGAACCGUCAUAUAGUCCAAAGUCUUCAUGAUUUAGUGAAGAGAGAAGGUCCCACCCUAAUAUUUUUAAUGGAAACAAGAUUAGGGACACAAGCUUUCAAGAGAAUUCAACAGAUGAUAGACUUUUCUCAAGGCCUUAUUGUCGACUCAAGGGGAAAAUCAGAUGGAUUAGCAUUGCUAUGGAAGAGAGAUAGUCAGGUAAAUAUCA